AUGCGGCCCGCGGACCUCGAGUGUCCCCGCGUGCUCGGCUGGCGGCCUCUGCUGUGUCCGCUGCUCUUGCUGUUGCUGUCGCUGCUGCUGAAGCCGGUAACCCGCGCUCGGACCAUUGCAGGCGCCCCCAGCGCCCCCACAGCACUGGGAACAACCAGCGCCACGACCAUGCCCGAUGUUCCCAGUGCCCCAACCACGCCAAGCACCCCCAGGGCCCUGAGACUGCGGGAGCGCGCGAAGGCCCUGAUGCGGGACUUCCCGCUGGUGGAUGGCCACAACCAUCUGCCCCUGCUCCUGAGGCGGCUUUUCCAGAACAGGCUACAAGAUGUUAACCUGCGCAACUUCAGCCGUGGCCAGACCAGCCUGGACAAGCUUAUGGAUGGCCUUGUGGGUGCACAGUUCUGGUCAGCCUACGUCCCUUGCCAGACCCAGGGACAGGAUGCCAUACGCCUCGCACUGGAGCAGAUUGACCUCAUUCAUCGCAUGUGUGCUUCCUACGCUGAACUGGAGCUUGUGACCUCAGUCCAAGAUCUGAACAGCACUCAAAAGCUGGCCUGCCUCAUUGGUGUGGAGGGCGGUCACUCACUGGACAGCAGCCUCUCUGUUCUGCGUAGCUUCUAUCUGCUGGGGGUGCGCUACCUGACACUCACCUUCACCUGCAACACGCCCUGGGCAGAGAGUUCCGUCAAGUUUGAACACCACUUCUACACCAACGUCAGUGGGUUGACAAGCUUCGGUGAGAAGGUGGUAGGGGAAAUGAAUCGCCUGGGCAUGAUGGUGGACUUGUCCCAUGCGUCAGACGCCUUGGUGCAACAAGUGCUGAAGGUAUCAAGGGCUCCUGUGAUCUUCUCCCACUCAGCUGCCAGGGCUGUGUGCAACAAUUUGCUGAACGUUCCAGAUGACAUCCUACAACUUCUUAAAAAGAAUGGUGGCAUUGUGAUGGUGACGCUGUCCAUGGGGAUUUUACAGUGCAACCUGUUUGCCAACGUGUCCACUGUGGCAGAUCACUUUGACCACAUCAAGGCAGUCAUUGGAUCUGAGUUCAUCGGGAUUGGUGGAAAUUAUGACGGGUCUGGCCGGUUCCCUCAGGAGCUGGAGGAUGUAUCCACAUACCCGGUUCUCAUAGAAGAGUUACUGAGGCGUGGCUGGAGUGAGAAGGAGCUUCAGGGUGUCCUUCGUGGAAAUCUGCUGCGAGUCUUCAGACACGUGGAACAGGUGAGAGAUGCAAACAGUGGCCAGAACCCUGCAGAGGAUGAGUUUCCAGACAGGCAGGUGGGCAGGUCCUGCCACUCCCACCUCAUGACUUCGCUUCAGCAUGAACACCUGGCCACACACCUGGAUGUGACCAAGCGGCCAAGCAAUCAUAUUCUCCAGAGUCCCCCAAAAGCCUCCCCACACUUUGUCCUAGGCUUCAUGGCUACUGCCACCUUCUCAACCCUCAUUCUGUGGCUCUGGUGACCUGGUCAGUUCCCCAGAGGUCACCUUAGGAGUCUCACAAAGUCCCCCUCCUAGUCAUCCAGGCACAAGCAUAUGCUAAGA